GCUCAACUGGUCAACCCGGUUUCAUGGGACCGCCAGGUGUUCAAGGUUUGAACGGAUUCAAUGGACCACCUGGACUCCCUGGCAGCCAAGGAAGAACAGGGGCUACAGGAAGAACCGGCGCUACUGGUCCUCAGGGACCUUUUGGGCAACAAGGGCCUCUUGGACCCAGUGGUAGCCAAGGCCCAAGAGGGCCCGACGGUCCCCGUGGUAAUGAUGGUCCGGCUGGUACACCAGGGCCCCAAGGUCGUACUGGAGCUAUCGGAUUUCCUGGAGCAACUGGCACUUUUGGAUUUCCAGGACGGAUUGGAGAUACAGGUUUCUCAGGCUUUACCGGAGAUACUGGCAGAGAUGGAGCCGUGGGUCUGCAAGGAGAUAGCUUUACUGGCGCCCCUGGCAACGAUGGACGGCCUGGAGCACAAGGAAUACAAGGUACUCAAGGAUUUCAAGGCCAACCAGGAUCCGUUGGUUUUCCGGGAUCAAAAGGAUUUACUGGCGGUACCGGACUAAGGGGAGCCAGUGGCUCUCCGGGGCAAAAUGUGUUUGGCCCUGUUGGACCACCGGGCAUGAUGGGGCCUACAGGAUCGACUGGGCCACCAGGACAACCAGGAGCACCAGGACCCCUAGGACCAGCUGGAUCAGCCGGAUCAAGCGCCGCAGCUUCCACUUCUGGGACAUGCAAACCAGUGAAUGAAUGCUGGGUCGACAACAGGCUAUGCUCGCAAUUGUGUGUGGACACGUUUGACAGUUACUACUGCUCCUGUUACGAUGGCUAUCAAUUAGAGACUACGACCAACAGCUGUCCAAAUUCUCUGCAAUGUCAGUCCGUCUCUGCUGAUUUGGUUUUUGUGGUUGACAAUUCCUUCUUCGUAUGCAUGAGUGCAUCGACGUGUCAGUCGUAUCGAGACGUCCUCUCCUUCAUCAACAGUCUCAUCAACACUCUCAGCAGCAACACCAGAGUUGGCAUGGUUCUCUACUCCAGCACAUCCACCAACUACUUUUAUUUGAAUUCACACAACAGCAUACAGCAAGUUCAAACGGCCAUUACAAGUGCGACGUAUGACGGAUCAACAGGCUCCAACCUUUCGACCGGUCUCAGGGAAAUGAGACUCACUCAGUUCGACCCAACGAGAGAUCGCACUGCUGUGGACAAUGUGGCAAUUAUUUUAGCGAACGGAAUAGACAACAACGCUGCUAGUGAAGCCGCUUUGGCAAUGGAAGCCGGUAUAAUAUUGAUACCAAUCGGUAUUACAUCGCGAGUCAGUCGAACUCAGUUGGCCAGUCUCGCAUCACCUCCUUUCGGCCAGACUCCUAGCUACUUUGUCUCCGAUGCUGGUAAUUCUUUCAACUCCCAGCUGCAGACUGUUUCAUUGAGAGUAUGCCAAAGCGCUUCUCAGAGCCAGUGCCAAGGAAUGGUGAUGGACCUGGUCUUCCUCAUAGACAUCCAACCGCCUUCCUCUGCCACGUGGGAUCAGCUGAAAACCUCCCUCGUUCAGAUCGUUCAGACCUUGGAUGUUGGCCAAUCUGCAGUCAGAAUCGGCAUCGUAACAUUUUCAUCGGCGGCCGUCGUUACGCAGUACUACUUGAAUCAGUUUUUCAGUAGAGACGCCGCCAUCAACGCUAUCAACCAAUUAUCAGCGAACGUUCAGGGCACUUCCAGCUCCAACUGGUUGAGUGCCUUCCAAGCUCUCCGCACUUCACAAUUCACAUCAAACAAUGGCGAUCGAACUGAUGUGCCGAACGUUGCAAUUCUCUUUGCUUUCAACCCGUCAACUGUCCAAUCUCUUGGCUUACUUGACGAGGCAGGACGACUGUCGAAGGCAAACAUAAAGUUGUACGCGUACGGAUGGACGGUUUCCGGCAUGGACUCCUCCCUCACCUAUAUCUCAUCCUAUCCCCACCUGAAAACUGAACAGUGGGCGUUGAUGGACGAUACCAAGAUCAAGUACUUCCCGUCUACCCUGACAACGGAUUUGUGCAGACCUGUACUGCAGGCGAGCUGCCGCAAGACCGAAUAUGGAGGCUAUCAGUGUUUCUGCCCUCUGGAUACCUGUGACAUCAUCCCUCUGAAUGGCACUAAAUGUGUCGAUAUCAACGAAUGUGCAACUAACAAUGGCGGUUGUCAGCAACUUUGUAGCAACUCAAUAGGUUCAUUCGCUUGUUCGUGUCAGUCUGGAUUCAGAUUGGCGUCAGACAAAAUGAAUUGUGAAGAUAUAAACGAAUGCCUACAGCCAAAUGUAUGCACUUCUGGAUAUUGCGUCAACUCCUACGGCUCGUUCUACUGCCUCAAGUACAAUGCUAACCCUCCUCCACAGAAUCUAGCCUCCAUGUUGAAUCCUGCCGACAGCAACAACAACAACAUGACGUCAUUAUCGGCGUCGAAGGAAGAACCUAUCACAAGCUCCACUUUGGUGAUUGUUGGAGCACUAUCAGCACUCUUCUCCGUCGUCUAUGUCACUCUUUGCACAAUCAUCUUCUUCGUCAUCGUCAGCAAAUGUGAAGAGGACGACGACAAUGACAUUCUUGACGACUGUGACAUGCGCAAGAGUAGUAACAACAUUUUCUCUCUGGGAGCUGGCUCGCUCAAAGGAAGUGAGUUUGGAUCGGUAAAAUCCAAAUUUGGAUUUUUCGACCAGGAUCAAUUUGGUAACAAAGUUGUGGCCAGAACAAAACGAGAGAAAGUUAGCGGUUCAGCAUUUACGAAUGAUGACGGUGUCGUUGGCAGCACUAACAGCAAUGAAGUUAGAGCCAGCGAGGCAUAAACAUUCCAAUGCUCUUCUACUUUUUCUUUCAAAUACGGUUGACCAGGCAUAGCAAUAAAAUGAACUUCAUUACUUUAUGUUAACACUGUGACAAACUUGAAUCAAUUUGUUCCACGUUAAUUAAUGACUAACUUCUUCAUUCACACAUUUUCGUUUUUACUCUUCAAUUUUAUCAUUUAUAUGCCGUUGAUGUUGUUUGAUGAUUAACACUUCUUUAUAUUUCAAGAUGUUCAUUUAAAAAGGAAUAGACUGUCUUUGUUUAACGUUCGAUAUAUAUAUAUAUAUAUAUAUAUAUAUAUAUAUAUAUAUAUAUAUGUGUGUGUGUGUGUGUGUGGUUGUAUGCGUAUUUAUUACACGAGCAUUUUACAAGGCAUAUUAGUUGAACGUAUAAAAAUAACGCUAACACCUCGUUGAAUUAUUUUUUAAUGUUCUUAUUCAUUUAUGAGUAACAAUAAAUGAUUCAGUCUGA